UCUGCCGCCUGGUUUUAGUCGGUGCCGAAUGUGCAGCGGCGGGUGGCGGGGGUGCUGCAUUUACCUGUCCCCGGCUCCCCAUGGCGGCGGCGAGCGGCUUGAAGAAGGAGGAGAAAUAUGACCGGCAGCUGCGGCUGUGGGGAGAUCAUGGACAGGAAGCAUUGGAAGCCGCUCAUGUCUGUCUGAUUAACGCCAGUGCCACUGGCACUGAAAUCUUGAAGAACCUAGUGCUUCCUGGAAUUGGAUCUUUUACCAUAGUAGAUGGCAGCGUUGUCGCUGGGGAGGAUGUUGGCAAUAACUUCUUCCUGACAAAAAACAGUAUUGGAAAGAACCGAGCCCAAGCAGCCAUGGAGCUGUUACAAGAGCUGAAUAGUGACGUCAGUGGAAACUUCAUGGAGGAGAACCUUGACCAGCUGCUUGAAAAUGAUCCCACAUUCUUCCUCAGAUUCAACAUGGUGAUUGCUACUCAACUCUCAGAAAGUUCACUGCUUCGUUUGUCGACUAUCCUUUGGAACGCUGAUGUGCCACUGUUGGUGUGCCGGACGUAUGGGCUGGUUGGCUAUAUGAGACUGGCCAUAAAGGAGCAUCCAGUUGUGGAAUCCCACCCUGACAAUGCGCUGGAAGAUCUGAGACUUGAUUCGCCUUUCCCACAUCUGAAGGAUCACAUUCAGGCGUAUGACUUGGAUAAAAUGGACAGAAAGGACCAUAGUCAUACACCAUGGAUAAUUGUGGUAGCCAAAUACCUGGAAAAGUGGUGCAUGGAGCACAAUAGUCAGUUACCGAAAACAUACAAAGAAAAGGAAGCAUUUCGAGAGUUAAUACGACAAGGAUUAUUGAAGAAGGACGAUGGAGCACCAGAAGAUGAAGAGAACUUUGACGAAGCAAUCAAAAAUGUCAACACUGCCCUGAAUCCUACUAAGAUUCCAAGUAACGUACAAGAGCUGUUCAAGGAUGAGAGAUGCACCAACAUCAAUACACAGAGCCCUCCGUUUUGGAUCUUGACCCGAGCAGUAAAGCAGUUUGUGGAAAAAGAAGGGCUAGGAAGCUUGCCAGUACGUGGCACCAUCCCGGACAUGAUAGCAGACUCGACAAGGUUUAUUAGGCUGCAGAAUGUAUACCGUGAAAAGGCAAAAGAAGAUGCAUCUGUUAUAAGUGACUAUGUUACCGAAAUACUGGAAUCUAUUGGCAGGCCUCCCGAGACCAUCUCUGAAAAAGACAUUUGGCUUUUCUGCAGGAAUGCUGCUUUUCUACGACUUGUCCGAUGCCGUUCGCUGGCAGAGGAGUUCAAUGCAGAGACAACCAAUAAAGAUCAAAUCGCAUCUUGCAUGGAGAAUCUCGACAGUGAAAUGGUUUUAUACAUAAUGCUUCGAGCUGUUGAUUGUUUUCACAGGCAGCAUGGGCGAUACCCAGGUGUUUAUAAUAACCAAGUUGAAGAGGACAUUGGAAAGUUGAAAUCAUGCGUGGUCAGCCUGCUGCAAGAUUGGGGUGUCUCGGUAUCCGUGAAGGAUGACUACAUCCAUGAAUUUUGUCGCUAUGGUGCUUCAGAACCACAUGCUGUUGCCUCGUUUUUGGGAGGAGCUGCUGCCCAGGAGGCCAUCAAAAUCAUCACUAGGCAGUUUGUACCUUUCAAUAACACCUUUAUUUACAAUGCGAUGAUGCAGACAUCAAUGACUGUGCGAAUGUAGGGCCCAGGUUCCCCACAGCCACAAGUCUGUGUGUAUAUGGAGACAAGGAGUGUACUUCCGGAGUUGUUUUGUUAGUAACCAAUUUAUGUAACAUAAAAUUCAAUUAAAUUAAUAAAAUUCCAUAAGUUUG